AUGGGUGAGAAGCCUGAAGCUUUAGAUGCUGUUCUUAAGGAAACUGUGGAUUUGGAAAACAUUCCCAUUGAGGAAGUUUUUGAGAAUUUGAGAUGCACGAGAGAGGGCCUUUCAAGCGAGGGUGCUCAAGAGAGAUUAGCCAUUUUUGGACACAACAAACUUGAGGAGAAGAAGGAGAGCAAAUUCCUCAAGUUUUUGGGGUUUAUGUGGAACCCUCUCUCAUGGGUUAUGGAAGCUGCGGCUAUAAUGGCUAUUGCUCUUGCUAAUGGAGGAGGUAAGCCUCCAGAUUGGCAGGAUUUUGUGGGUAUCAUAACGUUACUCGUGAUAAACUCCACUAUUAGUUUUAUUGAGGAGAACAAUGCUGGCAAUGCAGCUGCUGCUCUCAUGGCCCGUCUCGCUCCAAAAGCAAAAGUUUUGAGAGAUGGAAGGUGGAAUGAGGAAGAGGCAUCGAUUUUGGUGCCUGGUGAUAUCAUUAGUAUCAAACUAGGUGAUAUAAUUCCUGCUGAUGCUCGUUUGCUUGAGGGCGAUCCACUGAAAAUCGACCAGUCUGCUUUGACGGGCGAGUCUCUUCCUGUGACAAAGGGACCAGGUGACGGUGUGUAUUCUGGUUCGACUUGCAAACAGGGAGAAAUCGAGGCUAUCGUUAUAGCCACUGGGGUCCACACGUUUUUUGGAAAGGCUGCUCACCUUGUCGAUAGCACUAAUCAAGUCGGGCACUUCCAGAAGGUGCUUACCUCAAUUGGAAACUUUUGCAUUUGCUCGAUUGCGGUUGGCAUGAUAAUCGAGAUUAUCGUGAUGUACCCUAUUCAGCACAGAGCAUAUCGCCCCGGGAUAGACAAUCUUCUCGUGCUCCUCAUUGGUGGAAUUCCUAUUGCCAUGCCAACUGUCCUUUCGGUCACGAUGGCCAUUGGUUCUCAUCGCUUGGCCCAACAGGGAGCUAUUACCAAGAGAAUGACGGCUAUAGAGGAGAUGGCUGGCAUGGACGUGCUUUGCAGUGAUAAGACGGGAACUUUGACUUUGAACAAGCUUACUGUUGACAAGAAUCUGAUCGAGGUUUUUGCGAAAGGUGUUGAUGCAGACACAGUUGUAUUAAUGGCAGCUCGAGCUUCGAGGACCGAAAAUCAAGAUGCUAUAGAUGCUGCUAUAGUCGGGAUGCUGGCUGAUCCCAAGGAGGCACGAGCUGGCAUUCGAGAGAUUCACUUUCUUCCUUUUAACCCAACUGACAAGCGAACAGCUUUGACUUACAUUGAUGGUCAAGGAAAAAUGCACAGGGUCAGCAAAGGUGCACCCGAGCAGAUUCUUCACCUUGCACACAAUAAGUCAGAGAUUGAGCGAAGGGUUCAUGCUGUGAUCGACAAAUUUGCCGAAAGAGGUCUGAGAUCGCUUGCGGUGGCAUACCAGGAAGUUCCAGAAGGAACAAAAGAGAGUCCUGGUGGGCCAUGGCAGUUCAUUGGUCUAAUGCCCCUCUUUGAUCCUCCGAGACACGACAGUGCAGAAACCAUAAGAAGGGCUUUAAAUCUAGGAGUCAACGUCAAAAUGAUAACUGGCGAUCAGCUAGCAAUCGGAAAAGAAACCGGACGGAGGCUAGGAAUGGGAACUAAUAUGUAUCCCUCUUCGGCUUUACUCGGACAGAACAAGGAUGAAUCAAUUGCUGCUCUUCCAGUUGAUGAGCUCAUCGAGAAAGCCGAUGGUUUUGCCGGUGUCUUCCCUGAGCACAAAUACGAAAUUGUGAAGCGCCUGCAAGCAAGAAAACACAUAUGUGGAAUGACUGGUGACGGAGUAAAUGAUGCUCCUGCUUUGAAAAAGGCUGAUAUUGGAAUUGCUGUGGCUGAUGCCACUGAUGCUGCUAGAAGUGCUUCAGACAUUGUUCUUACCGAGCCUGGACUUAGCGUGAUUAUAAGCGCCGUGUUAACUAGUCGAGCAAUAUUCCAGAGAAUGAAGAAUUAUACGAUUUAUGCUGUCUCUAUUACAAUUCGUAUAGUGGUUGGUUUCAUGCUGUUAGCCCUCAUAUGGAAGUUCGAUUUUCCCCCUUUCAUGGUGCUUAUCAUUGCAAUUCUCAAUGAUGGUACCAUUAUGACCAUAUCAAAAGAUAGAGUGAAACCAUCUCCACUGCCUGACAGCUGGAAGCUUGCCGAGAUAUUUGCAACAGGUGUCAUUCUCGGUGGUUACCUUGCAAUGAUGACCGUCAUUUUCUUCUGGGCGGCUUACAAAACUAAUUUCUUUCCGCAUGUAUUUGGUGUGUCGACACUUGAGAAAACGGCACACGAUGACUUUCGGAAGCUUGCUUCAGCCAUAUAUCUUCAAGUCAGCACUAUCAGCCAGGCUCUUAUAUUCGUCACAAGGUCCCGAAGUUGGUCAUAUGUCGAACGUCCCGGUUUGCUUCUUGUGGCAGCAUUUGUGAUUGCGCAACUGGUAGCUACGCUUAUCGCGGUAUAUGCGAAUUGGAGUUUUGCAGCAAUUGAAGGGAUCGGUUGGGGCUGGGCAGGCGUGAUUUGGCUCUAUAAUAUCAUUACUUACAUCCCACUCGAUAUAAUCAAAUUCUUGAUCCGCUACACGCUCAGUGGAAAGGCUUGGGAUCUUGUUCUUGAACAAAGGAUUGCAUUCACCAGGCAAAAGGAUUUCGGGAAAGAGCAGCGUGAGCUGAAAUGGGCUCAUGCACAGAGGACCCUUCACGGGUUGCAAGUGCCCGACACCAAACUGUUUAACGAAACAAACAAUUUCUCGGAACUUAAUCAGUUGGCUGAGGAAGCUAAAAGAAGGGCUGAGAUUGCAAGGCUAAGGGAAUUGCACACGCUGAAAGGUCAUGUCGAGUCUGUUGUGAGGCUGAAGGGUCUCGAUAUAGACACAAUUCAGCAAGCUUACACCGUAUGA